AUGUGUAUCUUUCUUGCCUCGAGGCUACACCCGGACUAUGCGCUGGUGAUUUUAUCCAACCGGGACGAGUACAUUGAGCGAGAGACUCAGUCGGCUCAUUGGUGGCCUGACGGCAUUUACGCACCAAAGGACUUGAAGAGGGGAGGAACGUGGAUGGGCGUUUCGGACACGGGGCGACUGGCCGUGCUUGUCAAUUUCCACGAAAAACAGCCCAUUGGUGAGCUUAGUCGCGGACUGCUUCCGGUUUCUUAUCUCACAAGCGAAAUGUCCGCCACAGACUGGGCUAACGAUACCAGGUCUUUACACGCCGACGCUCUCAAGCUAGCUGGAGGCUUCAUGAUGAUGUUUGGCGACAUAACUCCGGCAAAUGGGGAAAUCCAGCCACUGGAGCUGCUCUCAAAUCGCCAGCCUCCGGAGGUGCUACUGGGUGACGAUUGCCCUGUACUGUGUAUGUCUAACGGGCCCUUGUCCGACAAAUCCUGGGAAAAAACUGAAACGCUCGCCAGGGUAUUCGAGCCUUUGCUGAGUUUGCAUGGUGACGAGUUUAUCAAGCAGUGCUUCAAGUUGCUUUCGACGACGUGUGUUGCUGACACCCUCACCAUAGAGGACAUACGCAAAACCGUGUUUGUUCCUCGCUGCCAAUUGCCCAGCGGUCCGUACGCUACUCGCACGCAGACGAUUGUUCUGGUUGACCGCAAGGGCCAAGUUACUUAUAUGGAAAAAACACUCGGUCCCGAGGCCGGGGACCCCGACGCACAAGUCGAGCCCGUAGUGGAACAAUUUAAUAUUAAAUAG